AUGGACGACUUCAAGCUCUUUCUGGACAUUUGGCGGGAUUAUCGAACGCUCGCCACGCACAACAUUUUCAUCAAGGCAAACGGAAAGGCGGAUACAUAUUUGACGAGGCACUUUCAGCGAAUCACUCAGCGUGAGUUUCAAGUCGACGUCUCGAUUCGAGACUGCAGAAGUAUCUUCAUCAAUCACGCAAAAAAGUUAUUUGAUCUCACCGAGAUGUAUGAGCUAUCUCGGCAAAUGUGCCAUAGUUUUCAGAUGCAGCAGUCCGAGUAUCGAGCCGACGACUCCAUUGAGCGAGCCUUUAACGUUUUAUCUACAAUGACGAAGCAUAUCGGUGAUCUACCAUUGUGCGAUAUGGACGCAGCAAUUUAUCAAGAAGAGCGUGAAGCUAUCGCUGCAGAAACAGAGCUUACACGAGAAGAUGACUAG